CGCAGCUCCGCGGCUGCUCACUGGGGCCGCGGUGGAAGGACCAGCCUGCAGCCCCUGGCCGGGGGCGAGCUAAACCGGCGAUGAGCCUGUCGGGCCGCCUGCUGCUGUGGCUCGGAGCCGCGGGCGCCGUCCUCUGUUUCAGCUCGGGGUCCCAAGCGUCUUUUCAGGCAUCUUCCGCGCGGCCCCUGUCCAUCCCCGGUGCCCAGGACUCGAGAGUCACCACCCGACCUGGCAGCUUGGCGCCUGCCUCUCUGAACGUCCCAGGCUCCGAGGGGCCGUGGCUGUUCUCCACCUGCGGGGCCAGCGGCCGGCGCGGGCCCACACAGGCGCAGUGUGACGGGGCGUACGCGGGCAGCAGCGUGGCGGUGACGGUGGGCGCCGCGGGGCCGCUGCGAGGCGUGCAGCAGUGGCGGGCGCCCAGUCCCGGGCAGUAUCUGAUCUCCGCGUACGGAGCUGCCGGCGGCAAAGGCGCCAAGAACCACUUGUCGCGAGCCCACGGGGUCUUCGUCUCGGCCGUCUUCUCCUUGGGCCGCGGGCAGCCGCUGUACAUCCUCGUGGGACAGCAGGGAGAGGACGCCUGUCCCGGAGGGAGCCCGGAGAGCCAGCGCGUCUGCCUCGGAGAGUCCGGGGCGGCCGAAGAGCAAGAGACGAAGGAUGGCACCGGAGCGGUCCCGGGGUCGCGGCGCUGGGCUGGGGGCGGCGGGGGCGGCGGGGGCGGCACCUACGUCUUCCAGAUGCGCGAGGGGGAGCUGGAGCCGCUGCUGGUGGCGGCCGGAGGCGGCGGCCGGGCCUACCUGAGGCGGCGGGACCUUCGCUGGCCUGAGGCUGCCCCGGAGAAGCUGGAGAACCGCUCGGCGGCGCCCGGGAGCGGCGGCAGAGGCGGGGCGGCAGGUGGAGGCGGCGGCUGGACUUCUCGGGCCGCCUCAUUGCAGGCUGGCCGCUCGCUGCGGGAGGGGGCUGAGGGUGGCCAGGGCUGCACCGAAGCCUGGGCUGCGCUCGGCUGGGCCGCAGCUGGCGGCUUUGGCGGCGGCGGCGGGGCCUGCACCUCAGGAGGAGGUGGCGGCGGCUACCGGGGGGGUGACGCUUCAGAGACUGAUGCCCUCUGGGCCGAUGGGGAAGAUGGGGUGUCCUUCAUACACCCCAGCAGUGAGCUCUACCUGCAGCCACUGGCAGUUAUGGAGAGCCAUGGAGAGGUGGAGAUCCGAAGACACCUCAACUGCAGCCAUUGCCCAGUGAGAGACUGCCGGUGGCAGGCUGAGCUCAGGCUGGCCCAGUGCUUAUGCCCGGAGGGCAUGGAGCUGGCGGUGGACAACAUCACCUGUGUGGACCUGCCAGUACCCCCGGGUCCUCUGGUGCUGAUGGUGGCUGUGUUGGCGACCUUGACCCUGAGCCUCCUCAUGGUGUGUGGGGUCCUAAUUCUAGUGAACCAGAAGAGGUGGCAGGGCCUAUGGGGGACGCGGCUGCCAGGCCCUGAGCUCGAGCUGAGCAAGCUCCGAACGGCUGCCGUCAGGACAGCUCCCAAUCCCUAUUACUGCCAAGUGGGGCUUGGCCUGGCCCAGUCCUGGCCUCUGCCUCCGGGGCUCACCGAGAUCUCCCCAGCCAAUGUCACUCUGCUCAGAGCCCUGGGCCAUGGUGCCUUUGGGGAGGUAUACGAGGGAUUGGUAAUUGGCCUUCCUGGGGACUCCAACCCCCUACAGGUGGCUAUCAAGACCCUGCCGGAACUAUGCUCACGUCAGGAUGAACUGGAUUUCCUCAUGGAGGCGCUCAUCAUCAGCAAGUUCAGCCAUCGGAACAUUGUGCGCUGUGUGGGCCUCAGCCUGCGAGCUGCCCCACGCCUCAUUCUGCUGGAGCUGAUGUCCGGUGGCGACAUGAAGAGUUUCCUGAGGCACAGCCGGCCACACCUGGGCCAGCCGUCACCUCUGGUCAUGCAGGACCUGCUGCAGCUGGCCCAGGACAUCGCGCAGGGCUGCCACUACCUUGAGGAGAAUCACUUCAUCCAUAGGGACAUUGCUGCCCGGAAUUGCCUGCUGAGCUGUACUGGGCCCAGUCGAGUGGCCAAGAUUGGGGACUUCGGGAUGGCAAGAGACAUCUACCGGGCCAGUUAUUACCGCAAAGGGGGCCGAGCCUUGCUCCCCGUCAAGUGGAUGCCCCCAGAGGCCUUCUUGGAGGGCAUCUUCACUCCCAAGACAGACUCCUGGUCCUUUGGGGUGCUGCUCUGGGAGAUCUUCUCCCUAGGGUACAUGCCCUACCCUGGGCGUACCAACCAGGAGGUGCUGGACUUCGUUGUGGCAGGAGGUCGCAUGGACCCUCCCAGGGGCUGUCCGGGACCCGUGUACCGCAUCAUGACGCAGUGCUGGCAGCACCAGCCUGCACUCCGCCCCAGCUUUGCCAGCAUCCUGGAGCGGCUUCAGUACUGCAUGCAGGACCCCGAUGUGCUGAAUGCACCUCUGCCCGUGGAGCUGGGGCCCACACUGGAGGAGGAAGGAGCCCCUGGGCUGGACCCCGGGCCUCUGGGAGGACCAAGACCCCUCCAACCUCGGGAACUGGGUGCCGAGAACAUGACAGGCUGGGCAGGGCAGCCUCUUGGCCACUGGCUGGCCUCUGGCCUCAAACCCCUCCAAUCCCGGGGCCUGCAGCCACACAGCCUUUGGAAUCCCACCUAUGGCUCCUGGGCUCCCGGGGAGCAGGAGGUUGAGGACUGAGUCACUUGGGUGCUGACCACAGCCCUCGCUCCUCCUACACCCCGACCCAAGCUUCUAGGGGGCUGCCUCCCAUCUCCUCAGCAGCUGGUGUCCCCUGUGGCCAGUCUCAGGAUGACCCAGGGUCUGCUGGAAGCCAGCCUCAACACCACUUCCAGCCUCCUCUCCCCUCCCCUUGUCUGAGUGGGUGGUCCUUCAUCAGGUCUGCAGGU